AUGACAGGCCUGAGUGCUGUUCUAGCAAAAAGACCGGGAGCGUGGGGGAACAACAUUUGCGUAAUUUUUGGCAAAAAAGUGGGGUGUGUGGGGAGCAACACAUUUGCGGCCUCUGGGAAGUUUGUUUGGCCUUCAUCGCGUGCGUCCGAUAGAACAUCCGACGCCUCCGAAGCGGUCCACGUCAGCAUCUCCUUCCGGAGCGGCAAGAAGCGCUUGACACUCAGACUUAGAGAUAUCUCAUACAGAAGCCAACAAUCUCUACAUAGCCACCUUCUUCCGCUGGCGCUCUGCUCCUUCCUCGGGCUUUCAUGGCGGCUGGUGUUUGCUCAGACCAUCGUGAAGAUCGUCCAAGCGGGGUCGGAAAUGCGGAGGAGAGGCAGAUUGUGCAAGUUUAGCAACCAGAUCCAGGUCUGUGUUUCCAUUCUGAUGGAUCCUUUGUGAAAGAAGGACGCACGCGGGCCAGCUCAAGAGGAGCAGCGACAGAGUUCGUAGCAUCGUAAAUCUGGACGGGGACGAUAUGGAGACGCUGAGUGUUAACGGGAGG